GGUGCCUCUGGGUCAAAAUUUGCAUUCGGUGGCGGGUCAAGUAAACGAUGGAACCUACAUUGCAUUCAUGGUGCUCAUGGCCAUUGGAUUUGUCCUAGCCUGGGGUCUAGCUGAUUCAAAGUAUGUCAAGCGCAAAGAUGGCUCUCACGUUAUUGUCAUGAAGAACCCUACCUGGAAAUCCGAGUUUAUGGGUCUCUAUGAUACUCUCCGAACCGACUACUACAUUCUUCUCCUCUUCCCCAUGUUUUUGACAAGUAACUGGUUCACGGCAUAUCAGUUCAACAGCGUAAAUGGCGCAUACUUUACCAUCCGUACACGUGCCCUCAACAAUCUGCUUUACUGGCUGAUGCAAAUGCUCGGGGCAUUUGUCUUUGGUCAAUUGCUAGACUUGAAGUUCCUGUCCCGGCCGACCCGAGCCAAGCUCAAUCUUUGCAUCCUAUUGAUUCUCACCAUGGGCAUCUGGGGUGGUGGGUUUGCGUUCCAAAAGACGUACACCCGCGAAACAGUCAAAGCAGACACCGACUGGACCAGCAGCGGCUUCGUGGGUCCAAUGUUCCUGUAUAUGUUCUACGGAUUUUAUGACGCUGCUUUCCAGACUUGUGCAUACUGGUUCAUGGGCUCUCUGACAAACAAUGCUCGCAAGCUGGCCAAUUUUGCUGGGUUUUACAAGGGUAUUCAGUCCGCAGGUGCAGCUGGCAUGUGGCGGUUGGAUGCGGAGGAUACUCCCUUCAUGACAGAGUUUGCUACCUGCUGGGCUCUUCUUGCUGGCAGUAUCGUGAUUGCCUCACCUGUAGUGUUUCUCAAGAUCAAGGAGCACGCAGAUAUGGAGGCUGAUCUGCGCUUCUCAGACGAGACUGCUCAAGAAGUUGGAGUGGCCGUACCCUUGGAGGAGCAACAAACCAUGGAAAAGCAGGAUGAGAAGCGCGUCUCUCUCAGUUGAGUAUUUUCUCUACGAAAGAGUCAGAUGUCCAUGACGGGAGGCAACCUGUUAACAUGGAGCAAUGCCGAAGCCACGAACCAGCUUGCACUAGGUUGCUGAUUCUACAAUUUUUUUUAAUCUUCAUAUCUCAUACUUUCACUGUUCCCGGACUCAGGGAUGGGAGCUCUUAAUGACAUAUUUCCAUCACCAUUACCCUGUU